AUGAUGCCGGCGAAGCCGAGGCCGCCGAUCGACGCCUGGGGCAGCCAGAGGUUGUAUACCUGCGCGUCGAAGGCGCAGGAAGCGGCCCAGGCGAUGGCCCGCUGGGUGCUGGGAAUUGGCCUGCUGCUCAUCGCGCAAGAGCAGAAGUUUGAGCAUUGCAAGAACAUCGCCCACGUAGGCUGGGUAGCCGUUGGCCGUGUUCUCAAAGGCGGAGUCGCUCGCAGAACCUCCCGUCCUCCCCCGAGGUGCGUAAAAGAACAAGUCAGAGGGGUGGGGGCGCUGACGGGCACGGGAUCGGGCGACUGUAAGGCCAGCCGUGGCGGUCACGGCGGCGCCGGUUCGAGUGAUGACAAGAAGUCCUCAAGGUGA